AUGUGGCCCCCAGCCCCCCUCUCUCCCUCCUCAGGGCUGGUGCUGUUGCUGGUUUUCUGCCCCCUAUUGGUGGUAGUGCAUGCCAGCAGCAGUAAGGCAGAGAGCGGACACAACACACACCUGGGAGACACAGACCCAGACCGCUGUAUGAGGCAUCACUUCGUAGAGACCAUCACACACCCCAUCUACAAAUGUAACUCCAAGGUAAGCCGGCUGAAUGUGCACAGAAACACAAUAGCAUGUGCACACACGCUCUCUCACACACAGACAAGGAUACACUAGCAGAUACAUAAUGAUAAAGGAGGUCAGACCUCCCUGUAAGUCACACACACGCACACAGUAAGAUAAUCCAGUCGUCCACCCCCAGUGCUCCUACUAACAAGCUGUUUUAGAUAACAGUGCCAGUCCAGCUGACAAAGGAGCAGGAGGUUUUACAUGAUAAAUAUCAGAACAGAAAUCUGCUCCAAACAUCCAAACCAAACCCCUGGCAGAGGUAGAUAAGUGCAGUCUGUUCAAUAAGUGCAGUCUCUCUCUUUCUGUGUGAGUUCCUCACCUAGGCCAAAAUUAAAAUGAGCCCCCACAGAGAGAGCAGCAAAUGUCUGCAGUGUGGCCCACAUCUAACACCUCACACACACCAGGAGCAUGACUCACCUAGAAAAUACUUUCACCCUGCUUAAUAAUAAUAAUAUGCCAUUUAGCAGACGCUUUUAUCCAAAGCAACUUACAGUCGUGCGUGCAUACAUUUUUUGUGUAUGGGUGGUCCCGGGGAUCGAACCCACUACCUUGGCGUUACAAGCGCCGUGCUCUACCAGCUGAGCUACAGAGGACCACCUGCUUCCUUACAGUGGCAAACCAAAUGCUUACCUGGCCCACAAAUCCACCCUGGACUUGAACAGCCUUUAAGACCAGGUCCACCUCUACAAAGCAGAAGUCCCUACUUUUGAAAGGACCCUGAAAGAUAUUGCCCUCAACCGCAGUCCCAGCACCUCACACAGGAGCAACAGACCUACAUCCAGAGCACAGCACCACCAGGCACAUCCACCCACCCCCACCUCAACCAGUUAACACCCUCCCAAACCAACCAUGGCCACAACCCAUAUUGAUCAUCCCCAGAUCAGGCCUGCGCCCCUCCUGCCCCUCCCAUGCCCCCAACCCCCACAACAAGGACCUCAACAAGACAAUCACACAUAAAUCCAGGAGGUGAGCAGAGCAACUGGCCCAACCCCCACAUUUGGCUAGAAAUUUUAAAGGAAAUAAUCUCAACAGAGAAAAAUGUUAUCCAGUGUGCUACCUAUAAACCCCCACUAGAAUCCCCAAACUUUAUUGAAGACAGCUUCUCCAUCCUAGAGGGAAAGGUCAAUCAAUUUCAAUUCCAGGGACACGUACUAGUCUGGGGUGACCUAAACGCCAGAACUGGACAAGAACCAGACAUUCUCAGAGGGGGACAAGCAUCUACCUGGAGGUGACAGCAAUCCCUCCCAAAUAUGCCCCCCUAGACAAAACUAUGACAAAACAGCCAACAAAAAUGGAUCACAACUAUUGCAGCUCUGUCACACACUGGGUCUGUACAUUGUCAAUUGUAGGCUUCGAGGGGACUCCUAUGGUAGGUACACCUACAACUCAUCCCUUCGCAGUGGUACUGUAGACCUCAACCAACCUCAACCCAGAGUCUCUCAGAGCUUUCACAAUCAGCCCACUGACACCCCUAUCAGAUAACAGCAAAAUCAGUCUACUUGAACAGAGCAACACUCAACCAAGAGGCAUCAAAGCCCAACAAACUGCAUACUAUUAAGAAAUGCUAUAGAUGGAAGGAAAGUAGUGUAGAAACCUACCAAAAAAACAUUUGGGCAACAACAAAUCCAAUCCUUUUUAGACAAAUUCCUGGACAAAACGUUUCACUGCAAUAGAGAAGGUGUAAACUUGGCAGUAGAAACUGUAUAUUUGACCUUUCAGCUUCCCUAUCAAACCCCAAAAUUUCAAGAAAACAACCUAAGAAAGUUAACAAAAAUGUUAAAUUGUUUGAUGAAGAAUGCAAAACUCUAACAAAGAAAUUGAGAAACAUAUCCAAUCAAAAACACAGAGACCCAGAAAACCUGAGCCUACGCCUUUAUGGUGAAACACUAAAAAACAAUACAGAAAUACACAAAGAAAAAAGAAAAAAGAAGGAACAGCACAUCAGAAAUCAGCUCAAUGUAAUCGAAGAAUCCAUAGAAUUUAACCACUUCUGGGAAAAUUGGAACACACUUAACAAACAACAACACGAAGAACUGCCUAUCCAAAAUGGAGAUGUAUGGAUAAACCACUACUCAAAUAGUUUCGUCUCUAUAAAAAAUAACAAACAGCAAAUACAUAUACAUGAUCAAUUACAAAUCUUAGAAUCAGCUAUUAAAGAUUACCAGAACCCACUGGAUUCUCCAAUUACAUUGAAUGAAUUACAGGACAAAAUACAAACCCUCCAACCCAAAAAGGCCUGUGGUGUUGAUGGUAUCCUAAAUCAAAUGAUAAAAUAUACAGACCACAAAUUCCAAUUGGCUAUACUUAAACUCUUUAACAUCAUCCUCAGCUCUGGGAUCUUCCCCAAUAUUUGGAACCAAGAACUGAUCACCCCAAUCCACAAAAGUGAAGACAAAUGUUACCCCAAUAACUACCAUGGGAAAAUCCUCUGCAUUAACAGCAGACUGCUACAUUUCCUCAGUGAAAACAAUGUCUUGAGCAAAUGUCAAAUUGCCUUUUUACUGAAUUAUCGUACGACAGACCACGUAUUUACCCUGCACCCCCUAAUUGACAAACAAACUCUCAUGCUUUGUUGUAUCAAAAAAGAUUCUGACUCAAUUUGGCAUGAGGGUCUGCUAUAUAAAUUGAUGGAAAGCAGUGUUCGGGGAAAAACAUACGACAUUAUAAAAUCCAUGUACACAAACAACAAGUGUGCUGUUAAAAUUGGCAAAAAGACAAACAGAUGUCUUUCCUCGGGGUCAUGGGGUAAAAAAGGGAUGCAGCUUGAGUCCCACCCUCUUCAACACACACUAUACAUUGCAUUUGGAAAGUAUUCAGACCCCUUGACUUUUUCCACAUUGUUACAAUACAGCCUUAUUCUAAAAUUGAUUAAAUUGUUUUUUGUUUUUUUUUCAUCAAUCUACACACAAUACCCCAUAAUGACAAAGCAAAAUCAGGUUUUUAGAAAUUUUUGCUAAACAAAAGCUUGGCACACCUGUAUUUGGGGAGUUUCUCCCAUUCUUCUCUGCAGAUCCUCUCAAGCUCUGUCAGGUUGGAUGGGUAGCCUCGCUGCACUGCUAUUUUCAGGUCUCUCCAGAGAUGCUCGAUCAGGUUCAAGUCCGGGCUCUGGCUGUGCCAAUCAAGAACAUUCAGAGACUUGUCAAGAAGCACUCCUGCGUUGCCCCAGUCUGAGGUCUUGAGCACUCUGAAGCAGGUUUUCAUCAAGGAUCUCUCUGUACUUUGCUCCGUUCAUCUUUCCCUCGAUCCUGACGAGUCUCCCAGUCCCUGCCGCUGAAAAACAUCCCCACAGCAUGAUGCUGCCACCACCAUGCUUCACCGUAAGGAUGGUGCCAAGUUUCCUCCAGACGUGACGCUUGGCAUUCAGGCCAAAGAGUUCAAUCUUGGUUUCAUCAGAUUAGAGAAUCUUGUUUCUCAUGACCUGAGAGUCCUUUAGGUGCCUUUUGGCAAACUCCAAGCGGACUGUCAUGUGCCUUUUACUGAGGAGUGGCUUCUGUCUGGCCACUCUACCAUAAAGGCCUGACUGGUGGAGUGCUGCAGAGAUAGUUGUCCUUCUGGAAGGUUCUCCCAUCUCCACAGAGGAACUAUGGAGCUCUGUCACAGUGACCAUCGGGUUCUUGGUCACCUCCCUGACCAAGGCUCUUCUCCCCUGAUUGCUCAGUUUGGCCGGGCGGCCAGCUCUAAGAAGAGUCUAGGUGGUUCCAAACUUCUUCCAUUUAAGAAUGAUGGAGGCCACUGUGUUCUUGGGGACCUUCAAUGCUGCAUAAAUUUGUUUGUACCCUUCCCAAGAUAUGUGCCUCGACACAAUCCUGUCUCGGAGCUCUACGGACAAUUCCUUCGACCUCAUGGCUUUGUUUUUGCUCUGACAUGCACUGUUAACUGUGGGACCUUAUAUAGACAGGUGUGUACCUUUCCAAAUCAUGUCCAAUCAAUUGAAUUUACCACAGGUGGACUCCAAUCAAGUUGUAGAAACAUCUCAAGGAUGAUCAAUGGAAACUGGAUGCACCUGAGCUCAAUUUCGAGUCUCAUAGCAAAGGGUCUGAAUACUUAUGUAAAUAAGGUAUUUCUGUUUUUUAUUUUCAAAACUUUCUAAAAACCUGUUUUUGCUUUGUCAUUAUAGGGUAUUGUCUGUAGCUUGACGAGGGGAAAAUGUCAGUUAAUCCAUUUUAGAAUAAGGCUGUAACGUAAAACAAAAUACCUAAGACUCUUCCUAGCUGAUAGCUCAUUGUCUAGUCCUCAGCUAUUUUAAUGAGGACACGUUCAUAAAGUGGCUGCUAACUCCCUUGCUGUCGUCGCCGGCAAGUGUGUGUGUGUCAUAACCCCUAGCCCCAGACAGGCUAUAGCCAGAGGGAGAGAAAGACGAGAGAGAGAAACAGAGAGAGAGAGAACGAGAGACAGAAAGAGAGAGAUGGAGAGAGAGAGAGAGAGAGAGAGAGAGAGAGAACGUUUGUGUGAUAUCCAUAUCCCCUGGCCCCAGAUGAGCUAUUGUAAGAGAGGGUGACAUCGGUGGCGACACGAGGCAGCUGACAGGGAACAUGACACAGGAGUCCACUUACGGACACGACAGCAAUGUGUGUGUGUUUGUGUGUGUGUACCGGUAAGUGUGUUUGUGUGAUGAUUCACUGUUGAGGCAUCAGAGGGUGUGUGUCUGUGCAAUGGAAAGGCAGGCCAUCACCUCUAGAUGAGGAUCAGUAGUACACAAUGAAAAUGGUCAGACAUGUUAUGUAGCAUGGUGUUCUUCUGACAGACAAACACACGGAAGGGAUGGAGCCCUGAGUCAUUAGUACUUAACAACAUCACUCAUUAGGGCUAUGAUACUGUAUGUUUGUGUCACUGCUGUUAGCCUACUGAGCGCUCAGGGAGCUAACACAAGUCUUCAUGUCUCAGGCUAGGUUACUCAUGUGAUUUACGUGUGUGUGGUGUGUGUGUGUGUGUGUGUGUGUGUGUGUGUGUGUUUGUGUGCGUGCAUGCGCGUGUGUGUGACUAACCCUGAGCUUUCAGUGCUAACAGUGUGAGUGACCAGCCUGACUCCUAUCACUGCAGGUGCAAGGCCACAGACAGGGAGUUAGACUUCAGGCUUUAGAUUACAGUAGAAUACAAAGCCUGACUGUGAACUACAGUAUAUAGACAUCAGCUCCUUGAACAGGAAAACAUAACUUUAUUGUUUUCUGAACUCCCUUUACGUGGCCUCCCGAGUGGUGCAGUGGUCUGUGCCACUAGAGAUCCUGGUUCGAAUCCAGGCUCUGUCGUAGCCGGCCGCGACCAGGAGACCCAUGGGGCGGCGCACAAUUGGCCCAGCGUUGUCUAGGGAAUGGCCGGCAGGGGAUGUAGCUCAGUUGGUAGAGCAUGGUGUUUGCAACACCAGGGUUGUGGGUUUGAUUCCCACAGGGGGUAUAAAAAAUUAAUAAUAAUGUAUGCACUCACUAACUGUAAGUCGCUCUGGAUAAGAGCGUCUGCUAAAUGACUAAAAUGUAAGUGGUCAUGUAUGUUUUCGCCCCUCCUCUCUUGCCCUCUCCUCUCCUCCUAUCCAGAUGGUGUUGCUGGCUCGGUGCGAGGGCCACUGCAGCCACACGUCCCGCUCCGACCCUCUCAUCUCCUUCAGUUCGGUGUUGAAGCAGCCCUUUAAGAGCACCUGUUUCUGCUGCAGGCCCCACACCUCCAAGCUGAAGGCUGUGAGGCUCCGCUGCGCCGGAGGAACGCGCAUCACCGCCACCUACCGCUACAUACUUGCCUGCAACUGUGAGGAGUGCAGCUGA